AGAUGGAGUGACAAUGAAAGUGAGCGGCAUCCACAUGGUACAAGGCAUACAUAAGGCUGGAUAUUGGUACACAGCGUGUACACUGUACAGCAUAGCAAUGCAUCGCAUCCACCGACAAUAUCGAUUUUUCUCUGGUUUCUUUGCUCAUGCUCCGAGAUGUAAAAAAUCUUCUCGUUUGCUUGCUCGCUACAACGUCCGACAUAUUUGUGUGCUGGCAUUUAACGAGGGUGGAUAUCAAACGAUGUGAAAUUCUUCAAUUUUUCACACGCAUUUGCAGAAAUGGGGUGAAAACUAAUUAAUUUCUGUUCAUUUAAUCAGAAAUAAUUCACCCUUGAUAUUGAAUAUCGAAAAAUCAAGGCAAAACGUACGCAUUGAAAGUAAUUUCAUUCGAUUUAUUGAAACGUAAAAACUAGGGUGUGGAGUGUGUUUUUUUCUCUUCCGAUUUGUUUAAAUUAUUUUGGAAAAAUAAAGAAACAAAAAUUGCUUUGUUUCGAGUUUAAAACGUGUAUAUUACAUCGUUAAUGUUGAGAAAGUAUUAUUAGCGAUUAGCAGAGUUCAAGAAGAGUUAAAUUGUUCAAAAUCAAGCGCUUUUUAUAUGGGAAGUAUGUUACGUAAUCUACAUGGUUUGCAUCCAUUGUAUUAAAUUGUCAAAAGAAAAUCCUUUCUAAUGACGGGCAGCUUCAAAAUUCAGCUCAUCAACAUGGGCACACGGGCCGCAGCUUUUCAAGCCAAGCUUCGCUGUUUGCACGACUAUCACUUGCGACUACUCCAUAAUGUGGUGCCUGCGCCGUCUGGCGUUGACAUCGCCAAUACUAUCAAGUACUUUUCGCAAACAUUUUUGACCGUUUUGAAGGAUGUGCCCAAUUCACCGCAUCAAAUGAUAAAAGACCCCUCGCAAGACCAUGCACGCAUGUCGGCCUAUCCGAAUUUAGAGUAUGGCAAUCUGUAUAAUGCUCUGGCAAUGCUUUUGGAUGUUGCACCAAACAUUCAAUUCGGACUUAAUGUGUUUGGAAAAGCGGUUCUCCAGUGUCUCGGGUGCAUUUUGCCAUUUUUAGAAAAGGAUCUCAUCGAUAAUAUUCCGUAUUUAGUGGCGUCAUCCAUUUCAGUUUUACCCAUAUCUUUGCAUCAAGACAUCAUAAACUCGUUAUGCUUCUUCAUCUUACCGUUCACCAUAACCAGAACAAGUAGCUACGAUGAUCAAGAAUGCCAUUCGUGUCAGUCCGUAUCGGCAGUUAUUAUGCUGGUUUUUCAAUAUUCGUCUAAUCCCGCACACCAUUGCCAAUUGCUGGAAUGUUUAAUGGCGCUCAAACAAAACGUAGUCAAAGAUAUGCUGAUAAACAUUGCCUAUGGAACCAGCUUAUCUCGAUCAUCGGCUGCAAAACUUCUGUUUUAUUAUUGGCCUGCAUUCAAUGCCAAUCUAUUCGAUCGACGUGGGCUUCUAUUCAAAUUCACAAACGACCUAAUACCGUUCGUGUGUCAGCGAGAACUGUGUCCGAAUGCGGGAAAUGCUGAGGCGACCAAAGUUUGCUACGAUCACAACAUCGCCAUCACAUAUGCACCAGAUUCACCACCACCAUUGUACUUGUGCAUUGAAUGCGCUAAUGAAAUCCAUCGUGAAAAUACAAAUCAAAUAUUCGGCGAUAUUCUGCAUCCGAUGGCUCAAGUCUCGAUGAUAUGCGAAAACAAGAAUUGCCGUUCAACCGACAAAUCAGCCAUUUCCAUUUGUUUUUCCACGGAGUGUGCCAGCUAUAAUGGAAAUCACCCGAUUCGCUAUUGUUUGCAGUGCCAUGGAAAUAGGCACAAUAGUCGCCGAGGUGGUGAUCACAUUGUGCACAAAAGUUUGUCUUCGGCAUGGCAAAUGGAACCAGAAAUGCAAACAUACAUGGUCGAAGCAGUGAUAAGUCUGUUACGUGAAGCGAAACCAUUGAAUUUCGAACCGGGACGUGAUGCAAGCGAUUCGCGCACAACAUUCCCAUAUCACGGUCCACCCGAUAACAUUUCACUUGAAGAACGUCAACUGCUCGGUAGAUACGGAAUUUGGUUACUCGUUGGACGUUGUACACCGACCGCAGAGACGCCAGUUGAAAUACUUGGACGUUUGUUGUCGAUGCUAUUUCAUUGGUUCCAUGUCACAGCCUACUCAAGUGAUGGAGAAGUUGAAAGUACAAUCGAAAAGCUAAAAGUCGAACAUGUUUGCGGUUGGUUAAAAGACAUCAUUAAGAGUCAUUACAAAGAGUUUAUAUCGUGUUUGCUGCCCCAUCCACCGGAAUACGCACGAAAUGGUGGCCAUUGGGAUACGCUUGCAUUUCGAACCAGUCAUUUGAAAGAAGGAUUACAGCGUUUGAUUUGUUUAGUUCCGUAUGAGGUGAUAACGGCCGAAAUUUGGGAUGUUGUAAUGCCGUAUUGGAUGGAAGCAAUCACCAAUGAUGUUCCAGAGAAAGAGUUGCAUGAAUUGAAAGUGGUGAUCAGCAAAAUACUCGAUCCAGAAAUGUCACCGUUGGGUUUCGAUGCGAAAACAAUGUACAAUUUUGUUUCGAUUCGAUUCGAAAAAACAACGUCCAAAGUUCAGGAACAAGCAUUGCAUUGGCUACAGGUCAUAAGCAAACUUGAGAUUUUGAUACCAUUAACACAGUUGUUUGCGAUGUUUGGAAAUGGCGUUCGUAUUAUGAAACACGGUGUACAGCAUGAAAUCAACAAAUCGAAGGACAAAGACGAUGGAAAAUCACAAUCGAAAGAUAGCGAAAUUGUGACACAAGGACCGCGUAGGAGUUCAAUAUCGCCUGUUGUUGAGGAUGAAUCAAGCCAUACAUCCGAUGCAAUGUCGGAUGAAGAAGCACCAAAUUCGAAAAAUGCCGAAUUUUCUACCGAUUCCGAACACAAUUUGACUUGCUGCAUCUUCAUGUUGGACAUUUUACUGAAGCAAAUCGAACUGCAAGAUGUGGAACAACAUAUGGGCAUUGCGACAGCAGUGUGUGAGAAUGUGUGCCGGCUGCUGAAAUGCAUGGUCACCGCGGCACGUGUUGGUGUCGGGAGUCAUGUGUGUGCCAUGAAAGUGAAGCAAGUCUCAGAAUGUGCCUAUUGUGAGGCAUCCGUAAUGUGGCAUCAAUUGUCCGUAAAAUUGGUUCAAUUCAUUUGCCCUGAGAAUCCCGUCCGGUCACCGGAUCCUCCCAUUGAGGAAGUGAUUGAAGACGAAAAACCGUUACGAAAAAGUCCACCGGAUUCAGACAAAUCCAGAGAUCGAGAUAUAUCUUUGUCGAUGGCUCCACUGCCCAUACCUUUGCCCUUAGGCUUUGGCGAUAUGUGGAGAUUGCCAUCUAUUUUAGACGAUCCCGGAAAGAUUAUUAUUAUGGCAGGUCCAGUUCCAAUUGCAGUACCACAACCGGAGCCUCAUUCAGUCGGUGGAGUACUCGUACAUAUGCCACACGUUUGUUCUAUAACUGAGCGUGGCCGAGAAAAUGAGAUAGCGCGAUUUAUUCAUGCUACAGACGAGAUCAUGACAGCUACCGUUGAAACCGUACAGGAACAAUUAGAUGCGGCAGCUAUUAUGCCCGCGGAAAAAGUUUUGCCGGCAGUCGCACGAUCGGUUACACUCACAGAAAACGACACUGCAUUGGCCACGGCACAAACUGCGUCCAAACCACAGUUGGUGAGUGCAAAAAUGGAGAGUGAAGCGUUCGAUACCAUUGAUCAAAGCGAAGACGCAGAAUAUGAAUCCGAUAUUGAUGGUGAAGACUUCUGGUACACUUCGGUGGGAAAAUUUAAAAUUACACUCGACACUCUACCGCAAUCGUUACAGUACGUUUAUCAGCUGCUGAUUGAAUUGCCAAACAUUGAAAAGCCGGACAUUCUGUAUUUCAUGUUACAAUGUCUCAAUGUGUUGGCACUGAACGGAGAUGCACUUUCGAAUGCAGCCAGAGAUCAUCGUGGAUUCUUCAUUUGGUGCCAGGAAAAUCAUUUGAUCAAAAAUUUAUGGAAUUUGUGUAAUGCAGAGCAUUCGCACAUCUCAUCAGUUUGUGUACCGUUGCUGUUGCACUGCAUCACCUUACCAUUGGGAUCGGAUGUGUUUUGGCGCAUUGUUCAGGAGGAGUUUCACGAUCAGGAUUGGCGUAUUCGAUUUGCAGCAGUUGAACGUGUCACCGUGAUCACGAGAUUUAUGGAUGCAACACCGAUUCGAAACGAAGUUGGAUUACAGACAGCAUUGGCAACCGCAUUCUGCUAUUUGAUCGCUAGCAUGGAUGACUUAAACGUAUAUGUGGCUCAACGUUCAACACUUUACUUGGGAACGAUUCAUGACAAAGCCGUCAAUUCAUUGCUGUUUUGUCUUGAGUCGCAAUUUGAUUUGUUUAUUGUCGAUCGACCGGUCGUUAUUCAGUCACUUUAUCAACUUCACAAUUCAUUAUCCGAUCGUCGUGUUUUGUCCUGGGACUUCUUUUUGAAUCGUUUCGAUACACUGUUCGUAGAAGCGCAAAUCAGUUUGGAGAAAACUGGUGAAAUUCCCUAUUUACGUGAUUUGAAAAAUUCGGAAACGGGCAGCGAUGCGCUUCUAACGAAAAUCAGCAAAGCACGUGAAGCGCUCAGUCAAUCGGAUACGACAUGUAGCAUGGCAAAAACGUUGAGUGCAUCAUUUGGAACGAAAUGGCCAUAUAAACGAACAAUGUCAGCACCAGCAAGCAUCAUACCACCGCGACAGGAUUCAAAAAUCGAGAAAGUGUACAAUCGUCAGAUAUCGGCGCCGAUACUCAAGAGGAAGAGCAGCCGCUUUGGUUUGGGUCAGUUUUUAUCUGGUUCUGGUUCUAAUGCUAAUACUGCUAAUGUAGCUUCUGCUAAUGUUGGUCAUGCUCAGCAUCAUUUGCAAAUCAGUAGCACCCCCCAUUCGCAUUCACAAGGUGUGCAUCACCAUUUGCAUCACUUGUAUCAUCCAAUGCACAUCGCACAGCCACAGACCUCGUCAGCUGGCACAACACCAACCACACCAAAUCUCCUGAGUGAAAAACAAUACCAAUCUGGUCCUACAUUUUCCAAUAAUAUGAUGGGGGGUCAAGAUUUCCAUGUUCAUUCAUUUGGGGGCCCAUCGGAAGAUCCAUACAUUUCGAACUGUUUACACCGGAUUAUCGACAUCGAAGAAUCGGACAAGGAAACAAUUCAUCUGUUGGUCUUUUUAUUCAUGCAAUUUAUGUCACGCUCCGAUCAAGCAUAUCCAACGGAAGAAAAGCCAAUGGCACGCAUAAUGAUGAUCGUUAUGCGUCAUUUGUACUUGUUACUCGGCUACAGUCCGAUCGAUAAAAUGUUCCACAUCACACCACCGCGAUUAAGGUGUUCUUCGGUAUUUAAUGCAUUUUUAUCGAAUUUGCCGCAAAUGCUCGAUCAAAAUCAUUUAAUGGGCGCCAGCAUACUUGAAGCUAUUUUGCACACACUGCUGUAUUGCCCAAGCACCGCAACUGUCGCAAGCGCCAAUUCAGAGUCGAGCCACAACAUUAUUUAUUCAUAUUCGUUGUGGCGACUGGAGCCGCAUGUUCGCCGAAAUUGGCUUAUGGCCGUUGAAGUCAUCAUGUACAAGUAUGAGUACACACAACCAUCGUACAGUCAAAACGUUCAUCACUUGGUUCGAAUCGUUUUGAAUUCACUGGAAGCGCAAUUCCAUCGAUGCAAACGAAUUCCGGCUACAGUUAUGAUGGAAAUGCCAACACGUUCAAGAGAUAUGAGUCAACCAUCGCUUAGUGGACUGGGAGAUCGUGACGAUCGAGAUCGCGAAGAUCCAACACCUCCAAUCAGUCCGUUUAUUGGUUCAGAAGGUACCAGUGGUAUGGGCAAAGGGAAAACUACAUUUGCCCAAAAGUCGGCUCAAAGUUUCAGUAGCCGAAAAUAUCAGGAUUCAAGUUUAGAGGCAGAUGACACAGAAUCCGAGUUGGUGGCAAUCCCCGAAUCGGAUUUGUCGGAGAGCACAUUGCACAACAGUGUUCCCGGUUCAUUCGAUGACGGAGCACAUUUCGAUGAAAUGGCAACAAAAAGUGAACAGGCCAAGGGAAAAGUGACAACCGCCAAUUUAGCAACGGCACAAGUGGCUCUGUCCACCUUGAGUGUGGUUGAACCGAAGGAAAAAGAAGAGAAAGAAAAGGAUACGAAGAAACCGUCGCGUUUAUUCAUGAAAUUGAACAGUUUGGAUAAGCAUACCAAGCAAUCAAGCACGGACUCAUCGAAGAUUGUCACAAAGUGUAGUGUGCAAGAAGGAGUUCGAAUGAUGGUCACACCGUCUAUAUUCAUGUCACCACGACCUGCAAUUGAUAUCGCUGCGACAAAUCAACCGAUGAACGUGCAAAAAGCGGUUGUUGUCAUUCAAGACAACAAAGCGGGCAAAGAUGCUGAACCAAAAGAAGCUAAAGAAACUAAAGACGUUUCCGAAGUGGACAGUUCGACAAAGAGUGCGAUUGGAUCGCUGCUAACAGAAGCAUCGACUUCGGUUGCCAUUGUAAUGGCACCGACGGUGAAACCAACCAAUCCCAAUUGGGUGGAGCAAAAGUCAGUUUCACCAAUUCCACGAACGUUGGGCCGACAGAAGCGUAUAAUCGAACCAAGCGUAACACCAUCAACAACGCCGGUUCCUAUAUCAACUGAAGAUGUCAAAGCAAGCAGUUCCAAACCAACGAUCAAAGCCAUCGAUAAAAUCGCUGAAAUCGGAUCGCCUGAAUCACCGUUAUCAAAGAUGAGCAUAAUGCCAAACCCGUUGCCGAAUACAUCGCAAGCACAAGAAAAUUUGGAUGGCUUAUUGUCACCAAAGAGUGUUACACAGUUGGAAUUUCCAACACCCGAAUUUCCAAAUCCCGAACGUUUGUUGCCCAUUGGUCAGCAUGCGAAGGAUGGAAUCAAUACGCUUGCGGAUAAAGUGCGUGAAGUUUUGUCCAUCAAAGAAAUAAGUCAUUUGAAACAGGAGAGCUCCUUUGAAAAGUCGGAGAGCACCGGAAACGAUAUUACACACAGCUCACAAGCGAAUUCACCGCGCCGACUGAUGAAACAAUCAGCAUUUGAGUCACCAUCCAAUGAAAAUCGGUCAAAUGCAUACGAUGGCACUCCAUUUGCUACGGCCGCUGGCAAGGAUGCAAUAUUAACGCAACGACAACGCUUGCGAAAAACGGGACCAUUCGUUGUUCAUUCGCAAUCGAUCCCAGACAGUCGAGCUAAGUAUGCUGGCUCCUGGGCACCGCCACAAUACGAAUCUGAUUCGGAGAAUAACUAUACUUCUGCUCAACCAACUAGCGCCAGUGGACAGAAGCAACAAAUUCCGCAGCAACCACCAAAUAAAGAAGACAAAAUUUGCCACCGUUGCUCAGACUGUGGCGUUGAAAUAGAGGAGUACAGUGAUGAGGAGAUUGGCAUCAUGAUUACCAUAUUGAAUACAUUCAUUCAUCGUGAACCAAAACUUGCGGCGCCAUUCUUGCCCGAAAUCUUAACAAUUGUCUCAAAGUUUGCGAGUCAUGUGAAGUUCCCAUGGCAAUAUGAGAAUCCAACACAUUUACCAGGCGGUUCACAAUCGGUUGCCCAUCAAUUUAUUCGCUGUGUUUUACAUCAACUCGCACCGAACGGCAUUUUUGUCCAAAUGUUCCUGACACAAAUGAAAGAUCGGCAACGAAAGAAAUACUUUAAGAGUAUUGCCCGAGCGCUAAUUGAUUUUAACGAACUCAAUCCAACCAGUCCAAUUCAUUUGCUUGUCGAAUCGUUAAAUUCAAAGAAAACCCUACCAAUGGAUACGCUACCGGCCACACUUCGAAACAUGGGCGAAUACUUGAGUUGCAUUCCACUCGAUGUGGGAAUAAAUUUAAGCUCUUGGACGACAAUCGGGACAGGAAUUGAAACCCUAUUCCGACGUCUAGUUUUAAUUUUGAAUAAUUUGGAUAACCCAGACUAUUUGCUGAACAUCAUAGUGGCCGUAUUGAAAAUUCCAACAGUUAAAGAAAAGAGCAUUUUGGAUCCAUUCUGUAAAGUGAUUAGCCAUUGUGUUCAACACGCAACGCUUCAAUAUAAAGUCUUGAACGAUAUUUGUUGCAUGAAUGCGCGGUCAUUUUCAAAGGAGCGUGAUAAGCAGCAAUUGUGUCGUCAACUGAUGUUCGAAUUAGUUCAAGCGUUGAAAUUUAAAACAAAUAUUCCGGAUGGGAAUUUGUUGCUAUUGGUGGGAUUUUUGUUGGAAGAUAGUGGUGGUACAUUGCCACCAGGGAUUGUUCCAGAUCUACCUGAACAUCCAUCGCUACCCACCACAAAUGCGACUGACUGCAUGCGUCAAUAUUUGAAUGAUUGUCUCGAUUUCUUGGCCGAUUUCCAUACGCUGAACAAGAUCAAGAACUUCAAGAGUUCGAAUGAUUUGAACGAAGACACGCUGGGCGGUGUUUUGAAGGGUGCCAUCGCACAAUAUUUGGCACUGGAAAUGUCACGAGGCAAUUCAAGAGAUAACAAAGCCGUCGCCAGAUACUUACCAUGGUUAUACAAUGCACCGUCAUCAAUUCAACAAGGACCGAAAGAGUUUUCGGAAUGCAUCGGCCAUAUGCGAUUGCUUUCAUGGUUAUUGUUGGGUGCGCUCACGCAUACGGCAUUGAUGUCACGGAAAGGUGGUAAUCUGGGCCAACACGGAGCAUCCGUUCACUAUCACAUGCAACACAGUGCUCAUACCGUUGCCCAGCCCGUACCACAAGAGGCCAGUUGUCAUAUUGCCGAUCACAUUCAAGUCAUUUUUGCCGGUUUUGUUGAACAAUCCAAAUUGGCCACAUCGGUACUUCAUAUGUCAUCAUUAUUUCAUGCAUUCACACUUUGUCAGCUGUGGUCAGUGUACUUGGAGCAAAUCUCCUACUUGACCGCACCCUCAACCGAUCCGCACAACAUUACAAUGGGCAUUUUGAUUGAAUUCUGGGGCAAAGUUACGCCGUGCAUUCUGAAUUUAGUUUCUUCGUCGAAAGUGAUGUCGGAAAUGGUAAAUUUGCACUUCAUCAACUUAUUGGAGGCAUUGAAAGAAACACGAUGCACAAUUCUGACCAAAUUGUUGCCACUUUGGAGUCCAGUGUUGUCAUCGCAUUCACAACUUUCGGCCACAUUGCAGCAACGACUAAAAGCCGUUCGUGAUUAUGAACAGGAUUUGGAAAAUCCAGAUGUUCAACAAUCGGAGGCAUUGUUGAAAUUCCUUCAGAAAUUGCAAUUUAAAAUGGGUCAAAUAGAGCUACAAUCAUCGACCGCCACUCAAUUCUAUUCGAUUUAAAGUGUGGCUAUAGCAAUUAGAAAGUUCAGUAUGAAUAAAUUAAACGCACACAUAUAUUUAUGUUUGAUAAAUGUUUUAAUUGUUACUUGUUUAGAGCAAACAAAAGAAUAGAAUAGAGAGUAAAUGUUGUAGUCGAAAGCGAAAAUAAAUACUCACAAUAAAGCAUUUAAACGAAAUCAGAAUCGAAA